GACAAUAGCACUAGCAAUCUCAAAGGGCACGUGGAGAAGUGUGACCUCAAGGCGGUGCAGGAGAGGAAUGGCCCUAGGCAACCCAGGAUCGACGAGAUCACAUUGAAGUACACCGAUGGUGAAUUCUGCUACCUGACGGUAGAGUGGUUGACGCAGUGUCACCGGCCCAACACCAUCAUCGAGGAUGCCCCACUGCAGAAGAUCUUUUGA